AACACGCCACGCGGAUGUUCUGACGGUUUUGAGCGCCGAAUCUAACCAAGGGAAUGCAGCGUGAAAUGGAGACAAGGGCAGAGUGCGCGGGAGGCUUCAAAAAGGAGACCGUGAACAAACUGCUCCAGCUCCACUUCAAAGAUGACAAAACACGAGCCAGUGGUGAUGCUGUGUUGCUGAUGGCUGAAAUGCUUAAAGUAUUUGUUCGAGAAGCAGCAGCACGCGCAGCACGGCAAGCUCAGACUGAGGAUGUAACUAGGGUGGAAGUGGAACACUUGGAAAAAAUCUUGCCACAGCUGCUUCUGGAUUUCUAGAAACCCAAUGAGUGAAAAACCUACACUCCUGUUACCAAGAAGAUCUUGCUGAACUCAGAAGCAAAAUGAACCACAGACUUGUAAUAUGGAAUUUCCUACAAAAUGUGCUGACUUCCUGGAAUGACAGCUUACCUUUCUUCUCAGCUCUGUUUGCCAUCUCUUUUGGGGUGCUUAGUGGCUGUCAGUGUUGCCUAAAAUAACUGUGGGUUUGUUGGGAGUUUCUUGUAACACAAUUCCUGGAGCAGAUGGUGGCUAUCUGAAGCUGUGCCCUGCCCUUCUGAUUCCCAUUCAUAGUCAGGUAACGUCUUUAUUUUUCUAAUGAGAAAAACAGGUGCUGCCUUUUAGAGGUGUGUGGAAAGGGUGAGUACGCUUGGGAGGCCUGGCCACAAGCCAGGCCUGAGCCCUGUCUUAAGUUCUUAAACAGAAGCCUAGCCCCAAAUCUGUGCCAACGGCAGGUACCUGAUCUUUAUUUUAUGAAUAAACAGUGCCUGUCCUUCAACCCUUUCCCACAUUCCACAGGGCCAUGACAUCAAAGUGUGCAUGGAACCUUUUAACCAUUUGAUAUUCCUCUAAGAAGCUGCUUCCCUCUGCUAUAAAUUUGUUCUUACAAAGAAACGUCAAUAAAUCAAAAAUAACCUCCCUCCCUUGUGUGGGCUCCUUGUUGCAAUUAAUCAUAGAAAGUCAAGUAUCUUCAAAGAGUUGUUUGGCCUCCCCACCCCGCCUCUUCUUUGUAGGACGAAAGAAAAACUUUCAGAAAGGGGCAGAAUAACAAACAGCAUGUGUGAGGAUCCCACAUCAUGCAAGACCCAGCCCCUCUGUCAGCAGGGGAGGGUGGGGGGAAAGCUGUGAAAUAGUAAACCUUACACAUGGAGGCAGGGCGUAGCCUAAUGAAUCUGGUUUUGUUGUGAAAGGAAGAUCAGGCCUAAAAGAAGUGUAAUUGUAUCUAAGGAAUUCAGAACUACCGGUAAGCUCCUCUAAAUUCAGUGGGACUGAGGGAACAUAACCGGGAAGGACUGUGCUCUUGUGGAUGUUGGAUUACAGCUAUCAUUACCUCUGAUCAUCAACUAUGCUGAAGCUGUAAUGCAGCAAUGACUAGGAGUAGCAAACUCACCAUUUCAGAUUUUUAUACUGUGUGUGUUUGUAAUUAAUGAUACAAAUUUGAAAUAGUGAAUCUGUUGCCAUGUCAGCUUUAAAGUAAGAACUGAAAUAACCAAAGUGGUCAACGGGAGUUCUCCAGAGUGUUCCUUUCUACAUAUUAGCUGUGUACAAGAAAUUACUAUUGCUUUGCAUUUGUUUCUGCUAUACCUAAUACUAGUUACUCCUGACAAAGAAGAUGCUGAUGUAUCCAAAAUUAUUUUGAGACGCAGGUGCUUCCGACACAAGUGUGAUGUGAUAUAAGUAUUUAUAUUAACAACAUUAUCUGUUAAGAGGUAGGUGAUCAACCAGCCUAAAUUUAGCCAGUGACUUUUGGGUAAAUGAGGAUGUGAAUUUUAUUUCUCCAAUUUGUACUAGAAGGUUUUUCCACAUUGGCUUUAUAUUUACACAUAUAAUCAAGUUUGGAAGUGUAAUUGCAAUCAAAAAUAAUCAAGGGUUUGAAACAUUGACAAGAGGCCCUAGUUACUGUUAACAUAUAAACUUACUUUGAUUGAAAAAGAUAUUUGUCUAGCAACCUCAACAUGGUUAUUACAUAUAUUAUUGCAUGUCUUGAAACAAAUUGCUAAAGUGCUUGCUCUAUUUUCUUUUGGUUUGAUUUUUGUAUUCCCUGGAGAGCAAUUGGCCAACCCAGUUUCUUCAUAUGAAUUUAAUUUGAAUCUUGUCUAGCACACUGCCAAAGGCAGGAAGCUCUGUACUCAAGGCGAAGGUGUUCAAGAAGCAUACAUGUAUACAAUGAAUUCAUUACAAUCAAUUUUACAGCAUAUAAUCAUUUUCUAGCAUACAGCUACCAGUAGAAUUAACAAAAUGUCCUUGUUUCGGUUUUUCCAAGAACUCCAAUUCUAGUCCAGGCAGAAUUAGAACAGGUUAAAUAUGACCUGAAUGUGAUCUUUAGGGUUAUUCAGUGAAAAUGCUGUUAAGGAAUUGGUACUUUUGUUUCAAGUGGACCAAACUGUCUCACUAAAUUGUGGUACACAUAAAAAAAAUUCUAAUAGCUUGUGUAGUGACACCACUGAAUGUGUAAUGGUAAGGCUGGAGAACUCAAAUCAGCUCUCCCUGAAAACAUCCAGUCCUACAAUCUUUAGCUCUGCCUCCUACCUUGAUGAAGUGACUAUUUUUGCUGUUGCCUCCUUGCUUUCAGGGGGAUGUCUAUACUUGCUCUUUUCUCCACAACCAGCAUGCCUUAUUGAGGAAUAAAAUAUGCGUGCUUAUUAAAUUAAAAAAAGAGCGAGAAAAAGCAGAUAGAAACUAUUUAGUUGCCUCCUGGGUGAGAAACAGGGAUGCCACUAGAAUUGGCCCCAUCUAUCCAUGGAGAAAUUAAUCAAUCUCACAAAAGUUGAUCUAUUUUUUUUUAAGUAUGUGUAGUCCUCAACUUAUGACCACAGUAGAGUCCAAAAUUUCUAUUGCUAAGUGAAACAUUUGUUAAGUGAGUUUUGCCCUAUUUUGUGACCUUUCUUGCCAUAGUUAAGUGAAUCACUAAACUUGUUAAGUUAGUAACGUGAUUAAGUGAAGUGGACUUCCCCCAUUUUUUUUGUCACAUCACAAAAGUGGAUUGCGUGACCCCAGAACACUGCAACUAUCAUAAAUAUGAACCAGUUCCAAAUUUCGAUCACAUGACCAUGGGGAUGUUGCAAUGGUCAUAAGUGUGAAAAACAAUCGUAGGAGUCAAAAACUGUCACUUUUCAGUGCCAUUGUAACUUUGAAUAGUCACUAAAGAAACUGUUGUUAAAUCGAGGACUACCUGUAUUUACAUGCAAAACCAUAGUGGUGUAGAAAAUUAAAAUAUAAGGGCUGCUACAAUCAGGCAGUGCCUUGCACAUAUACAGGACAAAAGAUUUAGCAGAUACCAAUGCAGUUCUAAUGUGCUCUCAUUUAGAUGCAAGUCUUACAUGAAGGUUAAUUUGCACAAAACGCACAAGGGUUGAAUUUUUAAGUCUGAUUAUUUGAUUGUCUCUGUACAAACACAGAUAGAAAAAGAAGCUAAAUUAGUACUUUCUUACCUAACAUUUCUUUUCCUCUAUAGAACAGGGGUCUCCAACCGUGGCAACUUUAAGACUUGUUGUCCUGGGUCACAACACUUGUGGACUUCAAUUCCACAAGUCUUAACGUUGAAGUCCACAAGUCUUAAAGUUGCCAAGGUUGAAGACCCCUGCUAAAAAAGAUCCUUGGAAUUGUGCCAGUGUGUUACCAGGAAAAUCCUUUCUGCAAAUUCUGAUUUUCUUAAGAAGCUACAGAAUGUAUUUUUCUUUUUCUUUCCACCCUUUUGGUUCACAGCUUGUCUGCUGUGUGAGAAUUGUCUGCAAGUUUCCAAAAUUACACAAACUUUUUCACCUGGAACGGUAGGGGUUGUGGGUAAUUUCUCCUUUUGUUACAUGCUAAAGAAGCAUUUCCUCAAGAAGAUCCUGCUUGAGAUAGAGGGAUGUACAUUCUCUGCCUGAGAAGCAUUUGUCAAUCAUGAAUGCUGGGUGGCAUCAACAACUUUAUCACUAUUAAGGCAAAUUAAGGCAAUUAAGUGUUUUAGAUCAGGAAUCUCCAACUUUGGCAACUUUAAGCUUGGAGGACUCCAACUCCCAGAAUUCCCCAGCCAGCUUUGCUGGCUGGGGAAUUCUGGAAGUUGAAGUCCUCCAGGCUUAAAGUUGCUAAGGUUGGAGACCACUGUUUUAUAUUUUAUUCCAAGAAACUGCAAAUAUAGUUAUCUGCAAUUUUUUUUAAAAGCAGACAUACCUUUUCUUGGGAUCCUGUAGCUGCCACACGAUAAACCAUACAGCUGCUUUAAAGAACUGCAAAAAGGUGUUAUAUUUCUGCCUACGUAUAAUUCAAAGCAUUUGGGGAGGAAUGAAUCCAAACACCCCAAUACCCUGAUGAUUAUUUCUGCGACAUUGUUUUGAUUAGGAAUUGCAAAUGAGAGCAGGAAGACUAAGUUAAGAUUACUUUCAAUCACAAAAUGUCACUGACUGAUCUUGGCUAAGAGAUAGUGAUGAAGUAAAUUGAUAGCCCAAUUUAUCUCAUAAACUGUUGUAAAAAUAAAGCAGGAAGGGAGACUGAACAUUAUGUUGAGAACCUGGAAAAAACUAUAUAAAUUACAAAUAGCAAUGUAAAGUUUGGCAUGAGAGUGCAUAAUUAUUUUUGAUAAAAAAUGUACAGGCUGAGCAAGUUAUGCUUUUAUUUGGGAUAUAGAAUAAGUGUGAGAGAGGAUUGUCAUGCUUUCAAAGAACCUGGUACCUAUAAAUUGUGUAAACAACACACAGGUGCAAGCCAGCUUGUGUUCUCAGAACAGAGGUGUUCCGUCUUCUUGAAAGUGCAAGAUGAAGCAAGCAAGUUAUUUGAAUUGCCUGCAGAGAGAAGCAAAAGUACUUUCUGUAAUUAUUGUGCUAUUACUUUUAACCAUUUUUCCAAUAAAUCUUCCUAAUCAG